UCAAAUCGGAGCCUGACGGAAAAUUGUCAUCAUCUCGGGAUCGCUCGCAUUCUCAAAAUCUUUUCACUUAAAAAUUAUCAAUUUACGUGCUAUUCAAAGUAUUAUUGAUUUCUCUAUCGCGCAUCAGGGCCGUGAAUUGUGUGCUUUAACCGCGUGCCGAUGAGUGCUAGUGAAAAAUACCGAAGACUGAACAAACGUAAAAUUUCCUGCUCUCGUGCUAGAGCAAGAGCUGAUAAGGAAUCUGAUCGUGAUUAUUUAUCCGAAAUUUUCGAGGGUGAAAGCAACUCGCUUUAGUGUAGGAGGAAAAUGACGUUAGAUGCUAGCGUUUUACCGUCGGAGCUGGUGACGGCCGCUCAACCAUUAGUCGGAUUGUCCGGGCUAGAUGUGCAACGAAACACUAUCCAUAAAACAAUCUGGGAUGCGUUCAAUAAUGGCAAGAGGCCCGAAAGUGAAUCUAUUCAGUAUAAAUUGCUUCCUGCCAGCUAUGAGUUCCCUGUGUCCAAACCGAAACAUCAGUCAUACGAGUGGUACCAUCCGAAAGGUAUUCUGAAACGGAACUGGAUGCUAAAGCAUCUGCACGUUCUGCCGGCGGUAGUAGUGCUUUUCCAAGAUCUUGAAUGGAGCGACCCACAGUGGGGCGAAAAGCAGCUUCAAUGCGCGUCUAUUAUUCAGUCACUGAAAAAUUCUCUCCAAGGGCGAAAUACUCGAUUGGCUGUUGUAUUGCUGCAAAAGGGAAUGACGGUGCCUCAGGGGGAGGAUAUGUUAGCUUCUGAACGAGCCGCUCAUCUAACUAGCACCUGCGAUAUCAAUGCAAAAAUGCUCUUUGUGCUUCCCCACAACGACCAUUUGAUGGGUCACAUACUGCGGCUACAUUCAGCCUUUCUGGAACUUGCUCAGUCCUACUACACUCAGAUGAUGAAGCAAAUCAGACUGCACCGUGAACAGCUGACUGAUUCGCAUCAGAUACUCAAAAUCCGCCAUCAGUUUAAGCUCGGAUUCGUCUCCGAACUCAAGCUGGAUCAGUCGAACGCCUUGCGACAUUACCGCCAAACGUACGCCAAUCUGGAUGAGAUCAGGAUUGUAGACACCAACUGUCUCGAAAUUAAAACCGUUGCCGGUUUCGUCAACUAUAAAAUUUGUCGCCUGUUUUUCAAGCUUAACGCUCCGAAGGAUUCGAUUUCGCAUUUCAAGAAUCAUAUCAGCAAAUAUAGGAGUCGGGCCGGAUUCAAGGAGCUCCUGUUUGAACACUAUGCCUGGCUGAGCGUGCAGUACAGUGCCUUCGGCGAGCUGUUUUGCGAUGCGGUUAAGAAUGGGUUAGCGCCACUGCAAACUCAACAUCCGGGGAUUUACUUCCAUAAGGCGGCGGAAUACAUUGGCAAACGAAAGGAGACAUUUUUGCAGUGUUCGGCAUUGGCACCAGCGAGCGAGGGAUCGUCCGGCGUGGCGGGACAGCACUCAUCGGCAAACUUCAACUCCGCGCUGUACAGCGACUUUUUCGGAAUUCGAGGUACGAAAACCGGCGAACCGGUUUCGGAGCAGCAAAUUAUUUGCUUAGUACAAGAAUUGGAAAAAUCCUACAGUCACUCGGCGACCAUCAUAACGCUGCUAGGUCAGGCAAUGGCUCAGUACAAGGUGUACAAGUGUCUACGCUUCCGUAAGAAACUCGCCAUCGAUAUGGCCGAAGAGUAUCUGAAGUGUGGCGAUUACUCGAAAGCCCUCACACUUUACUCAUUGAUGUUGUCCGAUUAUCGGGUGGACAAAUGGUAUACGAUAUUCGCCGAGGUUCUGCUGAAAACACUCCGAUCAGCCUAUCUUUCCGCUUCGGUUCCGGAUUUUGUUGCAUGCAGCAUUGAAGCUCUGUCGCCGCGAAUCACGAUGGACAAAGCAGAUCGUAUUUUAAUCCUAGAAAAUCUCUGGAAUGUCUUCCACAAUGUAUCACCAGUAUCCAGAAGUCAAAUCGCGCCGGAAUUGUCAGCCAGUUGGAAUACGGCACUUACCAGUUUCAAUGCGCCCAUCAAGCUUGACCUCGACCGGUUGAACGAUCUGCUAGAAUGCAAGAUCAGUUUCGAGAAGCGACAGAUAAGAAACGAUGAGAAACUACAGCUGCAGUUGUACAUUCGGUCCAUUGUAGAAGUUCCUUUGAAGUUGAAAAAUUUCUCCGUUUUGUUAACGGAUUUGAAAUCCAGCUCGGUACGGGUGCCUGCUACUCAGUACUGUGAGUACGUUCCAAUUCAAAACGCGCAGAAACCAUCCCUCAAACCGAUCGAGGAAUUUAUACUGGAACCGCAAAAGUGCUACCAGAUCAUGUUCGUUGGAGAGCGUUACCAGUUUAUGGAGAAUGUAGACGUGCAAAUUUUCCGACUGGAAGUACAGAUGGGUUCGGAUCGAACGUAUGCCAUUCUAUCACAGCGGGAAAAGUUGAAUUUCCAGGGUGUGUUCAAAAACUAUAAUCCCCAUCGAGACUGCAUGGAACAGAUUGCGGUCAUCAGCUCGUGUUAUAUCAUUCCAACAUUUCACCUGGGAUCGCAGACCAAACAGAACAGUCAACCGAUGUUGACGAACGAGUUUUAUAAAGUCACUACGAAAAUCAUGAACAAUUCGGAUCUCUGUCUGCAAAACAUAGGAGUUAGUAUUAGUGUUCCUCAAGCGUUACGAAAUAGUGUAUUCCUAACAACCGAUCUAAGUCAUCCUCUGCAAAAAAUCACCUCCCACGUACAGAUCGACAUCGGCGAACUGCAGAUGCAAUCAUCUACGGCCAUUUCCUACUACGCAACCAGUCUCGUGGAGGGCAACAUCGAGCUGCGUCAACGGCUGUUCUACCAAACGGAGAACCUAUACCAAACGAAAGCGGUCGCGGUUGAUUCUCCCUCAACACCGAAUAGCGAGAAGGAAGAUCUGGCAAAACUACUGGCCAGCGAUCGCGGUGGACUAAAGUACAGCACGAAUCAUAAUAUUAAAAUUGAAUACCUAAACGAGGACCAAGUCCGGAAAAUCAAGGAGGACACCGUUGUGUUGCCGUGCGUAGAAGAAAUCAAGCUUAUUGGACGUAUCUAUUCGUUGAACCGAGAACCGCUGGUUAAGGCCUAUAAAAGUGAAGAUUUCAUCCUAAGAGUCAACAUGGAAGUUAACGCUCCGGACGGAGUGGACAUUCUUGAGACGCUCUUCAUAAGUGAUCACAAUAUCGUAGAAAAGCCUUACAAGGGUCAACAACGGAUUGCUGGUACUAAGUUGUGCCAAAGCACACGCUUCGAGGACCUACGAAUACUGAAUCCCACCCACUGCAGCCGGGAUUGGCUGACACAGAGCGACUAUCUUAACAACGACGUCCGGCUAACGUUUAGCCGGGGCCGUUCACCGGAUCAUGGCGUCAGUGGUUGUAGUUCGAUGCCCCCUGCCAGACUCCAAUCGGAUGACCAAUUCAAUCGAAGCCUGCUGGCCAAGCUUCCUACCAACGCAACCAUUAUCGGUAGCACCAACGCUAAUUUAUCGAAUCAGUUGAACCUUCCACUAACCGCUGCUUCGUCCAAUCUUUCUACCAACAAUGCUGCUCCUGCGGGAUCGUCGUCACCGUUGCCUCCUACUCAAACUCAAUCAGGGUUAAUGACUUCAUCGACUGGGAGUGCGGACGAUUUUAAGGUAAGACCUUUGCCGGCGACCACCCCCGGUGAUGAUCAGCAGCAGCAGCGGGAUGAUUUCACCAAAAGUUUUUCGCGAGCGAAAAAUAUCUACAACCAAGCAAUAGAUUGUGUUCAGCUGACUAACAACGAACGAAACGGGUUCAUCAAUGCUGAGCUCAGCUCACUUAAUGGUGUGACUGGUAGGGCACGAAGUUUGGAACCUGGCGGAACUGAUACGGCAAGUGGAAGCACAAACGAACGUGCGCUUAUUUUCGGAGUCUACUGUAUUCGAUGGUGCCGCAGUUGCUCGCCUAGUGUGAUCAACGAGUCAAAAUUUGUGAUCAACGGUAUUGAAGUGAUAGACCCGUCCCUCAAUCUGUACUGCUAUCUGGAAGAAAAGAUGUAUGUCCGUGUUCCCAUGACUCUGCGGAUAACGCUGAAGAAUCCUACGCGGAAGAUUCUCCAUCUGCAAGCCGUACUAAACAGUUCCGAUAGUUUUAUGUUCUCCGGACAUCGGCAGUUAAACGUGACGAUAUUCGCCUUUUCCACGUACGACCUGCUGUUUAAUCUCUAUCCGCUGAAGGCAGGUUGGCAACCCCUACCCGAGCUGCAGCUCGAGUAUGUUAACUACGGAAACGUGUCCAAUAGUCAACCGGGAGUACCGUCUGGUAAAGUGAGCCCGAUGACACUAGGGCCCAGUUCCGGUGAUUCCAGUAAUACUCAACCCGGCGAAGCGGGCGAAUUGGCCGAUAAUCUGGAAGCUCAGCGGAAGACCGAACUUGACUCGCUGGUCAAACGAUGGAUGCCUAAGAUGGUGUUCAUUCAUCCUCCGACACGCAACUGAUAAAAACAACUUAGCCUGCAGUUACAGAGCCUUAACUAUUUUUAUUAUCUACGAGAUUCGUCAAAAGAGAACCUAUUUGGUCCUUCAUCUUUGUAAUACUUCCGUUUUAUUGGUUGAACAAAUUCCAUUGCAUAAACAAAACAAAAACAUGAACCCAAAUAUGCUAGUGAGUUAUAUGAUUAUCAAAUUUAGGUGUUUCAACUGUCGAAACAUGUUGAUUCCAAUGAAUGAAAGCAAUUGGACUGUGCAGUAGCAAUGAGUUUUAAAACAAUUAAACUGUGUUAUAUGUAUAUAUUCUUGUAAUAGUCUUAGGUAAUAGUCACAAUGUCCUUAUAACAAUGGAUGAUCGGUUGGGUAUAUGUUUGGGAUAGCCGUAUGUAGACACUUUUCCGAUUUAGAUAAGCAAAUUGAGAGCGGUGUACAACUACGGACUAACAGAAAGUUGGCAAUGAUAAUUAAGUGUUGGAGAAUGGGGAAGAGUUUUGCGUGUUUGCUAGAACAAAACACACUAGUUACAAUAUUAUUUAUUGAUUUAAAUUGA